GUUUCCUUUUAAAACAGUUGCAUUCUAAAGAUUUCCUCCGAGAAUUGCACCAUAUGUCAGAGGCGCCAGCCACCACCAAGCUAAGAGAAAUAUGCAUCCUAUGGGGACAUUCAAUCACCUACGAGUCAGCCAAGGUCCCACGGGCCAAUGAAAUCCCAUCGUCUCAUCCACUGGAGGAACUGUGGAGUUGCCAAAGUUCCUAAAGUGUAACAACCCCUUCGUCCCCAAUCUUUAUCUCCUCUUAACUUCAACUUCCACUUUACACUAGCCCAUUGUCAAGUCGGCGAUAAGUUCCCGUCUACUGUUGCCCCCCUUAUUUUCUUUUGUUUCUAUUCCCUUUUCACGGUACAUAUCUCGGUGCUUGCUGACGGUCUAUCUGUCGUUGACUGUGUUACGUCUGAAGACUCAGUCGGCCAUUCGUUAAUAGAUUGGUUGUUUCUUUAUUUCUUUCUUUUGUCUCUCUUUCUCAUAGGUUUCCUCCGAUCUAAAAAGAUAUUCAAACAGCCCCUCCCUAGCUUUAUCAGGGAAUCUUACCCCCCUUGCGUCACCCCAAUGCAACAGUGUGCCCAUUGUAACACUCCAUCAUGUUCUUAAAAACAAUAUUUCCCUCGCGCCCGCCCGACUACGCUCUGCUUCAGCCCGUGCAGCACAGCCCUACCGAAUUCUCCAUGCGAACUUCCAAAGCGGACAAAGUGGUCACCACGCCCGCCGAUGACGAUGUCCCAGCUGGUAACGUGGACGCCGACGCGAGUAGACUGGCAGAGAUGGGCUACACCCAGGAUAUGCAGCGGAACUUUUCCGUCAUCUCCUUACUAGGCGUAGCCUUCUCGUUGGCGAACUCGUGGUUCGGGAUCUCCGCUUCGCUGAUCACCGGGAUCAAUUCGGGUGGAACGGUCUUGACCAUAUACGGAAUUCCCUGGAUUGCCCUCGUCUCGACUUGCGUCGCCGUCACGCUGUCGGAGUUGGCUUCAGCCAUGCCCAAUGCCGGCGGACAGUAUUUCUGGGCCGGCGAGCUCGCCCCCAAGCGAUAUGCGUCCGUCGCCUCGUACCUGACCGGAUGGGUCGCUUGGGCCGGGGCUAUUUUCACCUGCGCCAGUGUGGCCCUGAGUUUGGGUUCAGCGGGCGUGGGUAUGUGGCAGCUAUCCCAUCCUGACUUCGUUCCCAAACCCUGGCACUCCGUCGUAGCCUACCAAGCCAUCAACUUCUUCGCCUUCCUCUUCAACUGCGUCGGGAAAGCCCUCCCCAAAGUCGCCACAGCAACCCUAUACAUCUCCCUGAUCUCCUUCGCCGUCAUCCUCAUCACCGUCCCCGCCGCCGCACCCACCCACGCCAACGCCAGAUUCGUCUUCGCGAACUUCGUCAACUCCACUGGCUGGCCCUCCGACGGCCUCGCCUUCCUCGUCGGCCUCAUCAACCCAAACUGGGUCUUCGCCUGCCUCGACUCAGCCACCCACCUCGCCGAAGAAGUCCACCACCCCGAACGCACCAUCCCCAUCGCCAUCCUCUCCACCGUCGCCAUCGGCUUCACUACCUCCUGGUUCUACUGCAUCGCCAUGUUCUUCAGUGUCCACGACCUCGACGCCAUCCUCUCCUCCCCCACCGGCGUCCCCAUCCUCGCCCUCUUCUACCAAGCCCUCCAAAACAAAGCCGGCGCCAUCGCCCUUGAAUCCCUGAUCUUAAUCACAGGCGUCGGGUGCCAAAUCGCCUGCCACACAUGGCAAUCCCGUCUCUGCUGGUCCUUUGCCCGCGAUAACGGCCUCCCGUUCUCCUCCUUCCUGGCGAAAAUCCACCCGACCCUCGACGUCCCCUUUAACGCCCACUGCGUUAGCUGUUUUGUCGUGGGGCUCUUGGGUCUCUUGUAUUUGGGGUCAUCCACUGCCUUUAAUAGUAUGGUUUCGGCUUGUAUUGUCUUGCUUUAUACCAGCUAUGUUAUUCCGGUCGUGGCGUUACUGGGUAGGGGAAGGGAGAGUAUCUCCCACGGCCCGUUUUGGUUAGGCAGGGUUGGGUUCGCGUGUAAUGUUGUUGUGCUUGGGUGGACAGCGUUUUGUUUGGUUAUCUAUUCGUUUCCGAGUGUUUAUCCGGUUAAUCCGGGGAAUAUGAAUUAUGUCUGUGUGGUUUAUGUGGUUGUUGGGCUGGUUAUUGGGGUUGAUUGGGUGGUUAGGGGGAAGAGGAGGUUUCGGGGUCAGGACGCGAGACACCAUGAGGUGGAGGAUGUUAGUGGAGGGUAUACUGAUUAGCUUUUUUUCAUGAGCGAGUUUACUUGCUUGCUGUGGACAUGCGUAGCUCUCGCCCGGUUUCGCUCAUAUUGAAUGAAAAUAAGUAGGCGUAUAAUACAUAAAAACCUCGACUCAAUUAAGUUAUUUGACAUGGCCUCCUUCCAUAUUCACAUCCUUAGCCUCUGUGCUGUACGUAGGGCUUCCGUUUAUAUACACCAGUCUUUGGACAUUUAUCCGCGAAAGAAUCACAGAAGUGAGCUUAGAUGUACUCCCAGGCGGCGGCGGUGCCGUUGUAAGGCGCAGCAAUGGCCGAGAAUCCGAGGCAGUCCCU